AUGGUGGGGUCAAAACAACCGACACCGGUAUACCUAAGUCCCGAAGAGGCAGAAAGCCACUGCAGAGCGGGUGCUUCCAUCUUCAAGUUCUGCAGCAGCGAAGACGGGAUCCGCCCCGACGUGGUGCUGGUUGGUAUCGGCGUCGAGGUGAUGUUUGAGGUUGUUGCCGCGGCGGCUCUUUUGCGACAGCGUUGCCCGGAGCUUCGAGUUCGGGUAGUGAACGUGACAGAUCUCUUUGUGCUUGAGAACGAAGGAACCCACCCUCAUGCGCUCAAGGAUGAGGCUUUCAACAACCUGUUCACCGAGGAUAGGCCCAUCCAUUUCAAUUACCAUGGAUAUGUGAGCGAGCUCAAGAGUCUCCUCUUUGGUCGUCCUCGUCUUGACCGCGCAACCAUCAAUGGCUAUGCUGAGGAGGGAAGUACUACAACUCCGUUUGACAUGAUGCUGGUAAACGAGGUGUCACGCUACCACGUUGCCAAGGCGGCUGUCAUGGGAGGCGCAAAAUGGAACGAUCGAGUCAAGAUCCGACAGCAAGAAUUGAUCUCGGAGUUUGAUAAAGACAUUGCCGAGUCACGAAAGUAUAUCGUCGCGAACCGAAAAGAUCGGGACGAUACGUAUGAUAUGCCCUCAUUUGACUCGAGUACCCAUGUAGAGCAUUCCUGUACCUUUAAUUAG